UUUUAUUAAAAACGGAAUAGCAAGAAUGUUCAGCCUGAGGAGUGGAAUCUUCGCGGGCAGUCUUCUCGGUAGCGGCUCUUGCUUCCAGCGACUUGCGCCCUGUGCUUGUCGCUCUACGCGAAAGCCCUCGCCGAGAAAGUCUCCGAAGAAACCAUUCAAACUGCAGCGGGACAAUAUAUCUGGGGAGCAGAGACGCCUCUUGGCCCUAACGGAGAUGGGAUGUCAAUGUCCUCCCAGGUCGCCCAAGGAGCGUUGGUUCUUCACCAACCAGCGGAUAAUAUUGGCCCUGGCCGUAUCCCUGAAUCGUCCACCCGACUUGGUAUCCGAAUUUCUGCACUCGCUAACCCUACAGAACUUUGCCCGGAUUAUCAAACCGCCUGAUAGCCUCGGAGUUUCUUGCAAAGUUCCCUAUGUGAAUUGUUAUGCCUGUGAUAAUUUCAUGAGAAUUUUUGAUAUUCAUGGGAACUUGAGGAGUCGCUAUAACAAGGACUCACUUAAGAUGCUAUUGCGUCUCGUACAAGCGGUUUUAAGACAAGAUUCCCAAAGGGAGAUUGAACCGCUUGACACAAGUUUUGGCGCCCAACGUGGGGCAUUUGAUGGGGAUUCUAUAGCGAAGAGAGCUGGCAUCGAUAGGGACUCCAUCGCUCGGCAAAAUGGCAAAAGGCGAUUGAGAAACUCGGAAGCGAGGGCCGCCAUAAACAGAAGCGAUUUCAGUAUCGGACAGGUAGAGCCCACCAUCGGAGAUGCUGGCCAUGUUUUUGGCUCUAGCCUUGACUUCUCGGACUGGGAUGUCCCCAUGUAUACGCCUGAAGACUGGUCUUUUGAUGAUUCGCUAACUUCAGAGCGUUUGAAGCGGCUCGAAAACUUGCUGAUUCAGCUCAAUGAGAAGACUUACCUGACACGCGAUUCAGACCAUCUGAUAACCGCCAUUAGAGACCUUAACUUGGGUAGAACUGUUACUAAUCCACCGCAGUAUUCAAAUGAUAAGGUCAUGGUCAAGAGAAUUUCCGAUUCAUAUUAUGAAAGGGUUAAGGCAUCUGCUUCAAGAACUCUGUUCAAGAAACGCUCAACCCAUCAUAUCAGGAAGAGGAAGAAAAGCCCCGAAGAGGAUUCGAUUCACAAAGCGCACACAGACAAACUGUACUAUGGAGCACCGGUUCCGGUGCUCCUGCACGAACCUUUUGAUCGGGAGAAGCCAUGGACCUGGCUGCGCCGACAUCCCCAUCAAAAGCGGUUGGACGACACGGGCAACGUGACCGAGGGUAGCAUCCGUCGGUACCGGCGCUCCACCAUCGAGCAGCUGAUGCAGAAGGCCAAGGAGCGCUCCUCAGUAAGCACGGUGAUAUCCACGGACUCGGAUCCCGAUGCCAAAUCGAAAACCCAGCCAAAGUUUCAUAAAAAACACACCAGAAGAUAGACAGUAGUCUCCAUAAUAUCCCCAACACGCGAUUUUUGUAAUUCCGUUCCUUAAUGAAAAUAUGUAGCUAAACAAUCAUAGGUCCUGGUAAACAUUUAAUAAAUAUAGAAAAUU